AUGGCUCCUCCGACGGCGCUGCUCGCCGGCAAGACGGCCAUCAUCACGGGCGGCACCACGGGCAUCGGGCGCGCCAUAUGCCUCGAGUAUCUGCGGCAGGGCGCAAACGUCGUCGUCAACCACCUGGGGCUGGACAGGGACCGGCCGCACGUCGAGUCGCUCGUCGCGAGUGCAUGGCCAAGCUCGGCCGGGCGGCUGGUCCUCGAAGCCGGCGACGUGCGCGACCCCGACGCCGCAGACGGCCUCGUGGCCCGGGCCGUCGAGCUCUCGGGCGCGGCGCGGCGUCUCGACAUCUGCGUCUCCAACGCCGGCGUGUGCACCUUUUCCGACUUUCUCGCGACGACGCCCGAGCUGCUCGCGACGACGGUGCGCACCAACCUCGACGGCGCCUUCUACGUCACGCAGGCGGCGGCGCGACAGAUGGCGCAGCGCCAGACGCCGGCGGGCGGCAGCAUCAUCGGCGUGUCGUCCAUCUCGGCGCUCGUGGGCGGCGCGCGGCAGGCGCACUACACGCCGACCAAGGCGGGCGUGCUGAGCCUGAUGCAGAGCGCGGCGGCGGCGCUGGGCCGGCACGGCAUCCGCUGCAACGCCCUGCUGCCGGGCACCGUCCGCACGCAGCUCAACGACGAGGACCUGGCCGACGACGACAAGCGCCGCUACAUGGAGGGCAGGAUCCCGCUCGGCAGGACGGGCGUGCCGCGCGACCUGGCGGGGCCGGCCGUGUUCCUGGCGUGCGAGGACAUGAGCGGCUAUGUGACGGGUGCCCAGCUGCUGGUGGACGGCGGGCUGUUUGUCAACUUGCAGUGA